GUUUUAUUCGUAUUCGUCACUUCGGCAUCGGCAUUAAGUUGAGAUAUUACCCACGUGAAUCAUGGCUGACAACGAAGAUCUUUUGGACUACGAAGAUGAGGAAACGACUGAACAAGUAGCCGUUGAAGGAGCUGGGGAUGCGCCAGCCAAAAAAGAAGUCAAAGGCACAUACGUCUCGAUCCACAGCUCUGGUUUCCGAGAUUUCUUGCUCAAGCCUGAAAUCUUGAGAGCCAUUGUUGACUGUGGUUUUGAACAUCCUUCUGAAGUUCAGCAUGAGUGCAUCCCUCAGGCUGUUUUGGGUAUGGAUGUUUUGUGCCAAGCCAAAUCUGGUAUGGGAAAGACUGCAGUUUUUGUGUUGGCCACCCUGCAACAGCUAGAAAUGGUUGACAACCAGGUCUCUGUUCUUGUUCUGUGCCAUACUCGAGAACUUGCUUUCCAAAUUUCCAAGGAGUAUGAACGUUUCUCAAAGUACAUGACAACCAUCAAGGUUGGCGUAUUCUUUGGUGGGUUGAAUAUUGCCAAGGAUGAGCAAACUCUGAAGUCAAAUUGCCCCCACAUCGUGGUUGGAACCCCUGGUCGUAUCUUGGCGUUGGUCCGGUCGAAGAAGUUGAACCUCCGCACACUAAAGCACUUCGUUCUUGACGAGUGUGACAAAAUGCUUGAAGCUUUAGACAUGCGUCGAGAUGUGCAGGAGAUUUUCCGCAACACACCUCAUGAAAAACAAGUGAUGAUGUUCAGCGCCACGCUGAGCAAGGAGAUUCGCCCCGUCUGCAAAAAGUUUAUGCAAGAUCCGAUGGAAGUAUACGUCGAUGACGAGUCCAAACUCACUCUUCAUGGUCUCCAGCAGCACUAUGUCAAACUCAAGGACAACGAAAAGAACCGGAAACUGUUCGAGCUCCUUGAUGUACUUGAAUUCAAUCAGGUCGUUAUCUUCGUUAAAUCCAUCCAGCGUUGCAUGGCUCUUUGUCAGUUGCUAGGCGAACAAAACUUUCCUGCUAUUGCAAUUCAUCGUAGCAUGACGCAAGAAGAGCGUUUAUCUCGUUACCAACAGUUCAAAGAUUUCAAAAAGCGUAUCCUUGUGGCGACGGAUUUAUUUGGUCGAGGCAUGGACAUCGAACGUGUCAAUAUUGUCUUUAACUACGAUAUGCCUGAAAAUUCAGACUCGUACCUGCAUCGUGUCGCUCGCGCUGGUCGUUUUGGGACCAAGGGUUUGGGUAUCACAUUUGUUAGCGAUGAAAACGACGCCAAGGUUUUGAAUGACGUACAAGAACGCUUUGACGUUAGCAUCACGCCGUUGCCAGAUGAAAUCGAUUUAUCGUCCUACAUUGAGGGACGCUAAAUGGAGCUUGCGAGCAGGUCGUUUAUUCUUGUGACGAUUCCAAUGUUUUUAUUUGUCCUACUCCGAUUGGAAAUUUUUUUAGCCCGAAAUAAUACAAAUCAAUGAUG